CUGUGUGAUCUGCCACUCUCAGGACUCAGCAUGUUCCUGCUUUGCUGAUCUUGCUGUUCUUCCCACACACCAAGCUCACUGCUGCUCAUUUACAUUUGCUGCCUCAUCUGCUUGGAGCAUGGCCUCCAAGAUCUUUGCAGCACAUCUCAAUUCAGACUAGCCACCUUUCACAUGUGGCUUCUGGCUACCAUAUUAGCACAAGCGCACAGCGAACAGUAGCGAAGCAAACGUACAAGCAGCCCUGCCCGCGUGCAGCUUACCUUCUAGGGGCCCAGCAUCCCGGCACAGCCUCGCCUCCCCAGUGCACUUCCCGCCCCACUCCGGGCCUACGCGCCUGGGCUGCCGUCUCCACCACGAAGCCUUCCCAGCCUGGCCCAGGUAGAGGAGACGUCCCCUCCCCCGGGACUCCUCCAUUCCCCACCGCCCCCACUAUAAGACCUGGGCUCCCCUGGAAACAGGCCCUUCUCCCCGACUACAGACCCGCAACCCCUCCCCUGCUCUGGGGAUUGUGAGCUAAGAGCUAGGGUGGGGGCGAGAGGCGCUCCUCGCCAGGGCUGGCCCCCUCCACCGCACAGGAAACGGGGCAGGAAGGCAGAUCCCCAUCUCAUGUAGGAAUGCCUUGUCCCCAGGGUGAGCCCCCAGGUAAGGGUACCAGUUUCUUCUUGAGCCAUGACCAGAGCCAUUCCCAGAUAAAUGAGGUUUCCUGGAAGGAUGUUACCAGUGCCUUAUCUCUGGCCAACAUGGUGCUGGGGCUCUUCUCCAUCAUCUUCAGCUUCAGCAGGAAACACCACUAUGCCUCCUGGAUGCUCCUGGUCAGCUUCCUGUUAGACGUGGCAGUCAGGGCAAUGACCAGCCACAUAAACAUCUGCUCCAAAUUGGGAGCCGAGCUGAAUGACUUUGCCGUCUUCACCACCUUCGGCUUGGCCUCCGCUCUGCUCCUAGGCGUGGAUGGACUUCUGAGUGGGAUCCUGGCCAUCAUCUAUGUGUCAGCUGCUUCUUUCCACUUGUGCUUUUAUUCACCUGGAGUCCCCUUCACAUACAAGGGUCUACCCUGCCCCUAUGCUUCCUGCAUCUUGGCUUCCACCUCCCUUCUGACCAAAGGCAACAAGUUCAUCCUCUGCUGCAUGGCCUCACUCAUGAUUCUCUUCAUGAUGGACCAGAGCUACUAUCCAUAUGACAAAAUCCUGGAGUCUGAGAACUGGAAAAAAUUGGUUUAUAUAGGAGGUGUCACCAUGCUGUUUUUUUCCCCAUUGUCUCUGUCUGCUUUUUACUGCCUGAUGUGGUCGCUCUCGUACAUCUUCUUUCCAGAUGCUCUGUGGGGCAAGGCAGCCUGUCUUUCGCCACAGCACUGAGGAAGCUAAGCAGCUCUACCAGCUUCUGCCAGCCUCUGUGGGUUUGUGUCAGCAUAUUGGGUCAAGCCUGCACUAAAGCUUUGCAUGUA